AUGGCCAUUGCUUCUCCACGUUCACGGCCGUCGGACAUACUCGCCGAGCAAGUGUCCGACGGUGAUGAGGCUGACAGCGGGGCACCCCUGUCAGGGUCGCCUGUGAAGCGGCACAGCAGCCGGUUGAGCGCCGCACUCAGUAGACUCAACUUUCGACCGUCGCACGGGAAUCAGCACGGAGGUGGGGGGAGUGGAACAGGGUCCGGGUCCGGGUCAGGGCCAGGGACAGGGAUAGGAUCAGGGGCAGGAGCAAAGGGAGGAGGAAGCAGCAGCAGAGUCAGCCAUGACCUCGACCACAGCGAGAGUGCCGAACUUGGGCUCGACCUUCACGGCCAUGGACUGUCGAAGGGCAAUAAGGGCUCCAAGAACAACAGCAAGCUGAGCAGCGGCAAGCACACGCCCACGUCCAAGGAAGCCACGGGCGACUUUGCCGACUUUUUGAGAGGCGAAGAGAUCAAAGCGGCCCUUGCAAAGGAAAAGGAGAAGGAGAUCAAGCGAGACCUCAAGCUGGCAAAACACCCGACAAAGGGAAAGAAGGCCCAGGGUGGGUCCACCUUUGGCGGCAAGGGUAAGGUGCGCACGCCCGAGCAGCGCUUCCAAUCCGGAAAGGCAAACGAGGACGAGAUUGCAGGCCCGCCAGAGCCGACUCUCGAAGAAAAGGGCUACUUUCCGGGCGAUUGGCGCCACCACGGUCACUGGGAGAGUAAGCGCACACUGGGGUCACGUCCGACGUCGCAGCACGAACGUGAAGGGGGAGAACGUGGGUUCAGCCUCGCUUCCAUUGCUCCCUGCGGCCCCAUUUCGGACAGCGAGGAUGAGAUGGAUGGUGCGCUGGACAACGACGACGACGCCACCGAGGGCGGUCAUCAUUCGGCCGGCUCGUCGCCGAAAGCGCGACGGAUCCCGCUGCACCGUCGCAAGUCGUCAUCGGCCGUCUCCACUGCUUCGUCCUCGUCUUCGUCGAGUGACAACAUCCUGCAGCCAGUUGAAAGCGCGCCUGACGCCUCCGUCGUCAGCCUCAAGAGCUGGCAGUCGCAGGACUCGUCCAGCAAGAGUCUAGCCAGUGGCGGCGCCAACCCCGCGCUCCAGAAGCCUCUGCUGGAGCUCGAGGAACUGGAGUUGGACUCGUUUAUCAAGAAUUUUGGCCGGCACACGCGGGAGAUUCGCGUACCGCAGAGCGCCAAUUUUCCCCGUCGGCGUCUGCCACGGUGGGAAGACUUCAAGGUUCCUGCGGGGGAAGAGGCGCUAGCGAGAGCCCAAGGCAAGCGCGUCACCGUUCUCACCCACGUCGACCGAGGCCUCAAAGCCAUGGCCGAGUCCGAGGGCCAGGGUGUGCCCCUGCCUAGAUCAGCGCCAAAGGACAAGACUGGCAAGAAGGCCAAAGAAGCACAACUUGCCCACGCCUUGGACUUGGCUGCCAAAUCAGCAGAGCACCAGCGACAACAGCAGCCGCAGCAUCAGCCCGCCCAGCAGAUCCAACAGUCGCCUUCGCAGCAGAGAGUCACAUUUGCAGCCGAUCACCCAUUGGAGAAGAAGGGCAGCAUCGAACGGCCAGAGUCGCCCGAGAUGGCGUUGGCGGGUCUGAAGCAGCGCAACCUUGAAAAGGAUGAGAAGCUGGCUAAAAAGCAGGAGAAAGAGACGGCCGGCCACGGCGAGGAAGAUGAGCUCGAUGGCGGCGUCGUCGGGGUGCACGACUUUGGCGGCAUGAAUAUUCAUGACGCUGAGGGCGAGCUGAGGCCGUCGCGCGAUGAGACUGGUCUUGGCGACGAAGACUGGGAGGUGCUCAACAAGGCGGCGGCAGCUUCUGAAGAAAUCCACGCGCCGGAGGACGAAAAGGUCGACAGUGUCGCCUGGGCGAUUGCAUACAUCCUCGCCCUCGUCGAGCGGUAUGCGCCUGAAGAACUCGACAAUUCGCCCGAUCAGACGUACCGAGAAGGCAGACUCCGGAGUCAUGUCGAGCGUCUCUACCUCAUCGCACCUUUCUGGGAGCGAUUCCUCUAUGGAAUUCGGAGAGUGUAUCGAUGGGACAAUCCAAAGAGGACGAGCACGUUUGCGAUGGUAUACUUCACCCUCUGGUACGCAGACUUGAUUCCUACGGCCUUUGGAUGCAUCAUCAUCUACUAUAUUCUCCAAUUUCGCUUCUUUCCGCCCUCGGCCUCUUAUCUCCACGAGCAGGUGCGCGCACGCAUGGCUCGAGGGAUCGAGGCUGAUCGCUUGGCCGAGAGGCUCCGAAGGCGAAGCAGACUCGAUGUUCUUGAACUGUACAAGCGAUUCGUCAUUUCCUACGGCUCGGCCUCGAUGAUUGCCUGCGGCGACGUGGCCGACUUUCACGAAAAAGUGAAAAACCUCAUUCUCUGGCGCAAUCCAGCAGCCACCUGGAGAACACUGACACUCUUUGCCAUCACGACGACGCUCGUCACCAUCGUCCCCGCACACCUGGUCUGGAAGGCCAUCUUCUUCUUUUUGGGCAUGACUUUUUUCAUCCUCCUCCCGCUGCAGUCGCACUACCCACGCUUCAGGCGUCCGCUCAGUCCCAUCUGGUGGGCCCUCUGGGGGACACCGACCGACGGUCAGUUUGCUGUCCAGCUGCUCCGCCGUCGACACUUGGAGCGUCAACGAGCCAAGCACCCGCCUCCGCCCAAGGGAUUUGGGGCCGAUGGCGAUGGUCUGGACGAGCACAAUGGCGGAGCCGGCAGCCACUCGCCCAGCAAGAAGAAGAAGUCGGCCCAUCGAUCGCAGGCGGCUCACGCCGUCGCAUACGGCUCUAUGCGCCCUCUCCGCGACGAUGACGAAGGCCUGCUCGACCUCGAGGACACGCGCUUGUCCAAAUCGGGCGAGCUUACGCGCAAGCCUCGGAAGCUCGGCUCCUUUUUCUGCCAACACCACGGCGUGCCAGGCCACCUGCAUGUCACGACAAAGAUGCUCUACUUUGUCGCACUGCACUCCCAGGUCGGUCCAGGGUCGAGCCACAAGACGUGCAAGACGCCCCUCGAAGACAUCGCAGGCCUCGUCAAGACAAAAUCCAUCCGACUCUUUGUCUGGAGCUCCUCUGGGCUGCAAGUGGUGCGCGCCAACAAGAGUUCCCUCUUUUUUUCAAACAUGCCCCAUCGCGAUAAUGCCUUUAAUCUCCUGCUCGCCUGUGGCUCCGAAGUAUGGAGCAGGCGUUAA